AUGCCGAACCAAGCAGAACGUAGGCGUCGACACGUUCAGCGCCAGCGCCUUCGCCGCUUUCACAGGCGUGAGACAGUGCGCGAUGUGGCCUACUAUCGGCAGCCUGAGCAAGCAGCUGCGCCGGGCUUGAGCAAAGUAUUGCAGACUGCCCUCAUGAACAUGGCUGAGCGGACCCGACAGCGGAUGGUGUCUUCCACCGCCGCCGUCGCCGAUUCGGUGAUCGUGGCAUCACGUCAGGUUGUGGCCCACAGCCAGCAGCGAUUGGCUCAGUUUGGGGAGGACGCCCUUGAUUACAUGUUCCCACAUCGCGUAGCGAUGCGCGAGUUGCGCACCGAGCUGCAGGAAGCUCGGGAACGCUUGCACCACGCUUGUCGACUUGCGUCCAAGUUGGAGCACGAACGUGAGCAUUUGCAGCAGCACUCGGCUUCCCCCAAACCCACUGUGGUUGAGCGCUCCACCAAGCCGACCACGGCCUCGGUAGCACUCUCACCCAUACCCCUCUCCAGCCCAACAAAGCCCCGCGUUCGCACAACCACGGUGGCCUGCUCGCCCCUGGCCCCAGCUCGCUGCGCAAACCAGACUCAACUUGUACCACGCAAAUCCAAAGCCCACAAGGCAGAAAAGUUACCGCCUCGCUCAAAGCGUUGGGCCGGGACUUGGUGGUGGUAUGAUGACAAGCCAAGCACGAGCAAAUCCGAACCCUCUGUCAGCGUGGCCACUACCUCUGCCUCCUCCGCUGUUGUUGCCCCGUCUGUCCCGGCCAGAGCCCUUAGCGCAGCUGUGGCCGAUAGUGCACUUGCACCCACAUCGGAUCCUGCAGUCUUGAAACCACAACCUGCAACAAAUAUGCUGGGUAUCUUUGGCAGCCCAGCUGCAUUGCCACCUUUGACUUCCGCUGCGGUACCCACCGCUCCGCCGCCACCGCCACCCAUGCCCAUGCCCAUGCCCAAGGCAAUGCAACAGAAUGCACAACAGGCUGGGCCACCCAUGCCGCCGCCGCCACCGCCGCCUAUGCCAACUGCCGGCUUAAACGGAGCACCACGAGGCCCGGUUGGCAGCCACCCAGCGCCACGAUCAUCGACCAUGAUUACGGCCAGUGCAUUGCGCGCCGCCAAUUUGCGGCGGGCCUCCCCUCUCAAGCGCGUCAACUCGCCGCAAAAAAGCAAUGGCAUCUCUCUCUCAGCCAUCAAGGGUGUGGCGCUGCGCAAGAUGCGUCAAAACCUUCGCCGUAUCACCACUGAUCGGUCCCCCGGAGGUACACCCAAACGCCAAAAGCCUGAAGAGACGGGCAUGGGUCUCACGGAACCCAUGUUCCAUUUGUUUGUACGUUCGCCCAAGGCACAAUCCCAUGUGCUCAGAAAGUUUGAAGAGCGCCACAAGCGCCAAACCUCGUUUGUUUGUCCUGAAUAG